AGGCGGAGCAGGAGGCGAGCCGGAGCCGCCGCCGCCAACGCCGCCGCCGCCGCCCGAGCAGGACAGAGCGCGCCGCAGCCCCGUGCGUCCGGCCGCCGCCCGUGCCCAUCAGGCAGCCGCGCCGGAGCCACACCGCGGGACAGCCCGGGCCGCGGCGCGCCCCGGCCCGGCCCAGCCCAGCCCAGCCCAGCCCAGUCCCUGCACCGGGCGGCCCGGUGGCCGGCCCGCCCCCGAGGGCGCCGGGCGCGGCGGGAGGAUGCCGAAGCCGACGCUGCUGCUGCGCGGGGGCUGGGAGCGCGAGCGCAGUCCCGGGGACUCGGAGCUGGGCCGCCAGUUCCGGGACUGGUGCCUGCGCACCUACGGCGACUCGGCCAAAACCAAGACGGUGACACGCAGCAAAUACCAGCGGAUCACCGAGGUCCUGCAGGGCGGCGGCGGGACGGGCGCGGGCAGCGGCCCGGCGGCCGGCGAGAAAGGCAAGUUCCAGUUCUGGGUGCGCUCCAAGGGCUUCCGCCUGGGCAGCAGCCGGGAACCCAAGAUGGGCCAAGUGGUGUAUGUGCCGGUCAAGACGGGCUCGGGGGCAGAUGGCCUGUCGGAGCCGGAGGGCAUCUCUCUGAAGCGGGUCGCUGUGGUGGAAGAUUUCUUUGACAUCAUCUACUCGAUGCAUGUGGAGAGCUCAGCGGAGCCAGGCAAAGCCCCCAAGCACGCUGGGCAGAAGAAAACCUACCGAGCGAUUGCGGAGACCUACGCCUUCCUUCCACGAGAGGCUGUGACCCGGUUCCUGAUGAGCUGCACCGAGUGUCAGAAGAGGAUGCACUUUAACUCCAACGGCCUGGAGCCCAAAGAAAACGAGCCUCCCUCUCCUCUGGUGUCCGGGAUUAUUGAUUACAACAUGCCCCUCACCUCCACGUACCUGAAGCAGAUGAAGUUGCGUGUGAUGAAUUCCCAGGAGCAGGAUGAAACUUCUGUGAGCAGUGAAGAUUUUGAUAUGAACGACUCCACAUGGAUGUCAGCUGACCCACACCUGGCCUCCAGCCUGAGUCCCAGCCAGGACGAGAGGAUGCGGAGCCCGCAGAACCUCCACAGCCAAGAGGACGACGAUUCCUCCUCUGAGAGUGGCAGCGGCAAUGGCUCCUCCACCCUGAACCCAUCCACAUCCAGCAGCACGCAGGGCGACCCCGCCUUCCCCGAGAUGAAUGGCAACGGCGCUGUGGCCCCCAUGGACUUUACGGCUACAGCAGAGGAUCAGCCCAUCAACCUGUGCGACAAGCUCCCGCCAGGCACGGUGCUCGGCACACCCUCCUACCCCUCCGACGGCUGCAGCACAGAUGGACUGCGGAGCCGUGUCAAGUACGGGGUGAAGACCACCCCUGAGUCCCCCCCCUACAGCUCGGGGAGCUACGAUUCCAUCAAGACCGAGGUCAGUGGCUGCCCUGAAGACCUGACUGUGGGCCGGGCUCCCACAGCAGACGACGACGACGAUGACCACGAUGACCACGAGGACAACGACAAGAUGAACGACUCUGAGGGCAUGGACCCUGAGCGCCUCAAGGCCUUCAACAUGUUUGUGCGCCUCUUUGUGGACGAGAACCUGGACCGCAUGGUGCCCAUCUCCAAGCAGCCCAAGGAGAAGAUCCAGGCCAUCAUCGAGUCCUGCAGCCGGCAGUUCCCCGAGUUCCAGGAGCGGGCCCGCAAGCGCAUCCGCACGUACCUCAAGUCCUGCCGGCGCAUGAAGAAGAACGGCAUGGAGAUGACCAGACCUACGCCUCCCCACCUGACCUCGGCCAUGGCUGAGAACAUCCUGGCCGCCGCCUGUGAGAGCGAGACGAGAAAGGCAGCUAAAAGGAUGCGCCUGGAAAUCUACCAGCCCUCGCAGGACGAGCCGAUCGCCCUGGACAAGCAGCACUCCCGGGACUCCUCAGCCAUCACCCACUCCACCUACUCACUGCCAGCCUCCUCCUACUCCCAGGACCCUGUGUAUGUCAAUGGCGGCCUCAACUACAGUUACCGCGGUUACGGGGCCUUGGGCAGCAACCUGCAGCCCCCUGCCUCCCUGCAAACAGGAAAUCACAGUAACGGGCCCACGGACCUCAGCAUGAAAGGUGGGGCCUCCACCGCCUCCACCACGCCCACGCCCACACCCUCCAGCAACAGCACCAGCAGGACCAUGCCCACCGCCCAGCUCAGCCCGACGGAGAUCAGUGCCGUGCGGCAGCUCAUCGCUGGCUACCGGGAGUCCGCUGCCUUCCUGCUACGCUCGGCGGACGAACUGGAAAACCUCAUUUUGCAGCAGAACUGACCCCAGCGGCCCCUGGAGUGCACUGCCCUAGGGAAGGGGGCUGUCCUGCCCGGACCCAGCUUCCUGCCUCACCAGUUGGGACAUUCUGCUUUGUGAAAGAGGUGGGAUCCAAAAGAGCUGUUUCUAGCCACACUCCAAGCACCUGAGACUUUGGGCACAAGGACACUUUUUUUUGGAAUCUCACCACACGGGUGCUCUGACCUGCUUGGAAGAGGCCAACGGGGCAGCUUUGAAAGGGCUGAGCUCCCCUGCAGGGUGCUGGGGCCGCAGCUCUGUUUAGUAUCAUCUUCGUGGACCCUGAUGUUAGAACCCCACUCCCAGAUAAUUACCUUUCAAGUCUUAGGUGAGCAGAAUUGCAUAUUUAUUGAGAAAAACAAAGUGGACCCUUUCUUCCUCUCCCCUUAGUAAUUUAUUUUUCUGAACAUGGAUUCUGUUGUGUUUGUACAGAUUGCCAGUCUGUCUGUCUGAUCAGAAGGAUGUCUCCCUGUGACCUAACAUUCCAUAUCACUGCACUGGCGUGGGCGGGGCCCGUGGGGCGGGGCCGAGGUGGGGCAGGUGCCAGGCGGGCUGUCCCCCGAGCAUCCUGUACCACCAGGCAGGAGGACCUCACCCACACCCACUGCAAAGCAAACCCUUAACACACGGCCCCCGCACACUGUUCCACAGAAGCCCCAGCCAUGGCCACCAGUAGUCUACCUCACACUCCAGCGGGGGCUUUUUCCAGGACGCACCCUGAGCCUGUCUGAAUGGCUGUCUCUCAACUCCCCUCCCCCCCAGUGUGGCUGCCUAGGAGGUCGUCCAGAUGGGUAGCAGGAACAGCUGGAGUCCACAGAGGGACCCAGCCCUGGCCCUCCCAGCUGCUAGACAGGACAGUGCCCUGGGAGCCGGCAGCUGCUCCACGGGGCCCUGGCCCUCGGUCCCAGGGAGUCUGGCUGACCCAGCCUCUCACAGACCCAAGGCUCUCAGACACCUGCUGGGAAGAACCGGCUUCUGCAGGGUGAGCCCCUGGCUGUCAGGCAGCCACUCAACAGGAAAAGCAGUUGUGAGCUCCUGGACGGACAUGGGCUCCCAUGCGCUGCCCCCAUAGCUGAAAUAAAGGGACCGUCAACAACUGAGAAGCCACUUGUGUUCUCCUAAGACCAGCCCUUCUAGAGGGACCAGUCCUGGAAGAAACCCAUAACCCCUGGAGUGUGAAGAGAGGCAAACAGUUAAGGCUGGCCUGGUUUCCUUCCUCCCAAAAGGCACUUCCUCUUGCUCAGUGCAAUACCUACCAGUGCUGCUAAAACCAGGGAUCUGCCCAGACCUCAGAAGGCCCGCCGGGCCUCUCCGUGCAACACUCCGUAGCCAUGACAGCAGCCCUCUGCUGCCCGCCCCUGCCCAGAGCUGGCAGAAGCCCUCUGUUGCCUUUCCUCCCUCAGAGCAAAGAGGCCCCAGGGGAGCCAGGGCCGAGUACACCCUGGGGCGGCUACUGAGAGCCACCUGACCCCAGAGCAGGCACCCUUUCUCCAACCAGCUUCUCUGCAGCCAGCUGCCUCCUGGCACUGUGGCACACCACACUCAGGAGGGCCGGAGAUGGGGCUCCAGCGUGGGUGUCCCGCCCUGCCCCGGGUCCAGAAACUCGGAGGUAGGGUGCCCCACUCUGCUUACUUCCAGCCCCUAGCGGUUGGGGGUGGUCUUUUUUUAAUCUCUCAAGUGGCCUCCACACCCCAUCCUACCACACCACCUCUGCCUUCCAUCUGACCCAUCCGCAGGCCCCUGGUCAGGGCCGGGACACCCAAAAUUCCCCCUUAGCACAGCACAAACUCCAGUGCCCCAGGCCUCUCCCACACCCCUGCCAUCCACGCGGUCCAUCCACCCCCUGCUCAGUACACUCCCUGAAUUUGAAUUUGUGUAAAUAUUUAUUUUUGUGUGUGAACAAUACGACAAAGUAAUCAGUAGAUCUUUAGCAAAACGUUACCCCAGGCAAUUUGUGAGAUCUUAAUGUUAAAAACUGGCAGAGACAAUCGCCGCCUUAGAAUCCUUGGUUAUCAAUUGCUUAACAUGUCAUCUCCCCGCCCCGCAGAGGCAGUACCCAAGCCAGACAGGAAUGGUUAGCUUUUCUUGACAGGAGUGAGGAGGACUGGGCAAGGAGCUCCCGCCGCCACCACACAAGGGACAACGUCUAAGGAUCACACAAGCUACAGCUAGUCGCGUUUUUCUGAGUUCAGGCUGCCCUAACUGACCCCCUUCAGCCGACCUGCUGCUGCAGUAAGGGCGGAGGUUCCAUGGGUCAUAAAGGGAAAGGAGCGAGCGCCCAUGGCGCGCGUCCGCAGGGGCUGCCAGCAGCCCCUCCAGGACGGGUUCUGGGGUGGGGUCCUUCCCACCGAAGCUCCGCCGGAAGCCCCGGAGAUGGUGGCAUCAGGAGCAAGUUACUAUGUGGAAACAGGAUUCUAUUAGCGAGUUCGGUCAGGGAACUUGUUCUGUUUGGUUUUUGUUUUCCGAGAUGCAGCUUCAACCCCGUCCCUCUCCUCGCUACUCGGAGAGCACCCAAGGGCUGGUUCUGCUGACCCUCACCCCCACCGUCACCCCAGAGAUGGCCUUCUCCCGAAGCCCUGCCCCGCAACCACUUAAAACUCUCAAGGAGGGAGGGCCUCAGGGCACAAAUUAGUCAUUUGGGAUCCAAAGUUUAAAAGGUGAGAGUAGAACACACCAGUUCCAGUCUUUGCAGGGGGCUGAUCCUGAGAGAAGGGCGGAACCCAGAGACGGGGGACUGGUCUCAGUGGCAGGUCACCCAGUAGAACAGCAAAGGUGUGAUGCACCUGAAGUCGCUUGCCCUCGACCCUUUUACAGAUGGACAGUGUACAUCCAAGACAGCACGGAAGCGGGGGGCGGGUGGGGGCUCGGAGCGUCUCAGAGGGUUGCAAACAGGUGGAUCCCAGCCAUCCCUAUUCCCAAGGGCCACUUCCGACUCCAGGGUGGUUACAGGAUUAACUACCAGUUCAUUUUCAAAAUGCUGCUUUGAACUCAGAGGGUUGAUACAUUUAAUUUGUAAUUUUUUGUAAAACUUUUUACAAGAUAGUAAAGUAUUUCACCAGAAUACCAGUUUCAAUCCGUCCAUGGUCUGAUUUUUAUAUAAUUUAGUGGUGCUUUAGAAACUUUGUUUUUGUUGUUUCUGGGCUACACAGCUCAAUCUUUUUUCGCCUGUAUCUACCUAAGACCAAUGUGAACCUUUGUAUUUUUGCUCCUAAUUUUGGACUCAGUGAAAGUGUACUGUUUACAUGUACAGAUGCCCCGGUCCCUGUGUGUUCUGCAAGACUCGCUCUUGAGGGGGAAGGUGCACCUCACUAAGCUCAUCUGCUUAGCAAAGCCACAAAACAAAACCUCUCACUUUUUAACCUAUGUUUCCACCUAAAAACAAAGACGAAAACCCUAUACAACAUGGAAGUCAGAUUUACUGAAAAACACUUUUCUAAUAAGCUCAGAAAAUUCUCCAGGCAGCCCAUGUGUGUCUACCACAUGGUCCAUUGAGAAGCAGGGGUCAGAAAAGAGACCUCCCUCGGCUGGCGGUGGGUGACCACGUGGGCAGAUGUCCAGUGAAAGCAGGACUUCGCUGCAGAGCUGUGGGAUGGACCCAGUUCUGGCAGCCUGGGAUGGGAAGGUCAGGAUGACUUGUGACCUUCAAGGUCAAGCCACCCAGGCUUUAGGGACAACCCAAGGUCAUCAGUCCUCUGGCUUAACUCAGACAGGUUUUUGGAAUAUCGAGAGUUCCCUCUCUGAGGUGGGAUUUUAUGACUCUCCAGUGCAGACGGCACCAGCGCCCUUCUUCAGGGUUCAAGACAUCGCCUCUGGGGAGGGGCGGGGGGUUCCGGACGAUAAGUGUAUGGCACUUACGGCAAACAGUGGAUGGCACCAACUUUUAAAGGUGACUCUUUAGUACUUAAUCAAUGGCUUCACCUCUAAAUUAUAUUUUUACAGAUAUGCACCUAUGCAACUUAAUGUGGCUCUUCUAAGCAGGUGAGGACUUCCUCUUCAAUGCUCUAUAAAAAUUCUUUGUGUUCUAUAUAGUGAGUUUUUCCAGUAAAUGUGGCUUAAUAUUUUAAUUCUUAGACUGUGUCCUCUUCUCUGUGUGAUGCAACUAAACUGUUUUGUUUGUGGAAUGACUAGCACAGGCCAACUCCCUCUUCCCUCACUUAACAAAAGACCAAUGAGCUGUUAAUUGAGCUGUUAUCUCCAUGGUAUUACUUGCUAAAUGCACUGAUUUCAUAAGUAUGUGGAAUCCUUUUUCUUUUGAAUCUGUAUAUCAUAUAUAAGACUGAAUCUACUUAAUAAACACUGAAUAACAAGC